AUGGAGCAAUCUGGUAACAUGAGGUGUUUUCGUUGGUUCAACAGACUUCGCACACGUCAUCACCGGUCCCGACAUGCGAUCCUCUGGGCGAUCGCAAUCACUUGUUUAUUCGGUGUAUAUUACCUGAAUCAAAAUGGAAUCCAGGCUCAAACUGAAUACAGUCCGGAUAAUCGAGUACUUUUAAAUGUGGCACCAAACGAGGGAGUGGAUAGGGCACCAAAAGCCAUCAAUAUGCCGCCAAAUCCACUUGAAGAAGACGUUGACGACCUUGACCUUCGACCCGACCUUGCCCCCGCCACUCUCCAUUAUAUUUGGUGUGGUAAAAGGGCGUUUGAAUAUAAACAUUACUUGGCGAUAAAAAGUGCUAACCGCGCCGCGAAACCGGAUAAAAUAUUUUUCUAUUAUGAAAACUUACCGGAAGUCGAUGACGAGGGUUAUUACUUGUGGUUUAAUCAAACUUUACAAGAAAUCGAUCAUCUGUUGCCAAGGCAAUUGAACGCUUCGUGUCCAAGAAGAGGAGCAGAACGAUAUCUAUUGGUUUUAGAAAUUCUAGAACAACAUGGCGGAAUAUAUGUACCGGAAGAUGCUUUGUGGGUAGAUUUUCCAGUGCACUUGCGCAUUAACCCGUUAGUAACAGGUGUAACGGCGCGAAAUCCAACCGAGUUUCUAGACGGCAUCAUCGUUGCUAAGCGAGCAGGUUUCAAGAAGCCUACCAAUACGGAAGAACUUUUAGUUGUCUUGAGUCUUGGAAAACAUGAACAUGGUGGAAUAAAACCGUGUGUUCCCAUAGAAACUUACGCAAAUGACGCUACUGGCGAUUUUAUCUGCGUGACUGUGACGUCAUCUUUAUUUCCAAGGGACAUAUGGGAGGAUAACUCAAAGUUUGGCAUGUUAGCGCGUGUUGUUGCCUAUGGUGUUACGAACAUAGCGGUAAAACAUAAUCUAAGGAAUCCCAUUCCUAGAAUCGCUCAUUAUAUCUGUCUGGAGACGUGUGAAAUCAAAUUUAUCACUUAUCUCAGUAUGCUCAGUUCCGUUUACGUGGCCGGACUACAUAAAGUAUAUUUACACGGUGUUCGAGAACCGUCUGGAAAAUGGUGGCAAAAUAUUAAGGACGAUAGUCGUUUUAUGUUUGUGUAUCGCGAAUAUCCAGAAACAUUUCAUGAUAAAUCUGGAAUGACCAAACAUCUCGCGAACGGAAUUAUGAAAUUGGCCAUUUUGUUAAAAUAUGGCGGCGUUUAUCAAGACCCCAAUGUGUUAUGGACAAAGAAAAUUGACGAUCAUUAUUUCGGCUAUGAUGUAGUCGUUUCCCCGGAUUGGCAUCUUCAUGGCAGCUGGCCAGAUUCAGUGAACCACGGAGCUGUGAUGUCAAAACGAAAUUCAGAAUAUUUGAUGCGUUUUAGAUCUACAUUACAAAAACAUAAACUGAGCCCCUUUUGGUACGUGGAUCAUUUUAUAGCAUACCGAAUAAUCGAAAAACAUCCAGACUUGGUCAAUUUCGACCGCCAUUUUCAAGUGAAAUGUUUAAAUCAUAAUUGUCAUCCAACAUGGCAGCCACAUUACCGCUCAGGUCUGCUGCAGAAUAAACCGGGUGCGUCUUUUAACUGGCAGAACGAUACCAUGAGUAUCCAUUGGACUGAUACUUUCCCCGAGUUAGACAUCGAUAUGAUCAAAUAUACCAGCGGUACCAUUGUUGACGUCAGCAGAAAUAUAUUGGCGACUGCCGGGAUAGAUAUUCAAGGAUUAUGA